CCGCGUGGGCGUUGGCGGGACGCGUCGCGCGGAGCUGCGGGUGUCCGGGCCCGUCCCGCGCCGCCGCCACCGCCUCCUCGCUGGUAGCGCCUCGGGCCGCCCUGCGCUUCUCUCCGCACCCGGUCUUCCUGCCUGGGGGGCUCCUGAGCUCGCAAAAUGGCUGACGGGCGGGACAGCGCCGCGGACCAGCUGAAGCAGUGGCAGGGCCAGCGGGGCUCGCAGAAACCAGAUGUCUUGACCACUGGUUCUGGGAACCCAGUAGGGGAUAAGCUUAAUUCCCUGACAGUAGGGCCACGUGGGCCUCUUCUUGUUCAGGAUGUUGUUUUCACUGAUGAGAUGGCUCAUUUUGACAGAGAGAGGAUUCCUGAAAGAGUUGUGCAUGCAAAAGGAGCAGGAGCCUUUGGCUAUUUUGAAGUGACUCAUGAUAUUACCAAAUACUGUAAGGCAAAAGUGUUUGAACACAUUGGAAAGAGAACUCCAAUUGCUAUACGAUUCUCCACUGUUGCUGGAGAGUCUGGGUCAGCUGAUACAGUUCGAGACCCUCGAGGCUUUGCAAUGAAAUUCUAUACAGAGGAGGGCAACUGGGAUCUUGUGGGCAAUAAUACUCCUAUUUUCUUUAUUCGAGAUGCAAUGUUGUUUCCAUCCUUCAUUCAUAGCCAAAAGAGGAACCCUCAGACUCAUUUGAAGGAUCCAGAUAUGGUGUGGGACUUCUGGAGUCUUCGCCCUGAGUCUCUGCAUCAAGUGUCUUUCUUGUUCAGUGAUCGUGGUAUUCCUGAUGGAUUUCGCCAUAUGAAUGGAUAUGGAUCACAUACAUUCAAACUGGUUAAUGCCAGUGGAAAAGCAGUUUAUUGCAAAUUCCAUGUGAAGACUGAUCAGGGCAUCAAAAACCUUCCUGCUGAAGAAGCAGGAAGAUUGGCUUCUACUGAUCCUGAUUAUGGAAUACGUGAUCUUUACAAUGCCAUUGCCAAGGGAAACUAUCCGUCAUGGUCCUUCUACAUUCAAGUUAUGACAUUUGAGGAAGCAGAGAAGUUUCCAUUUAAUCCUUUUGAUUUAACUAAGAUUUGGCCUCAUGGUGACUACCCUCUUAUCCCUGUGGGAAAGCUUGUCUUGAACAGGAAUCCUGUCAAUUACUUUGCUGAGGUAGAACAAAUGGCAUUUGAUCCUAGCAACAUGCCACCUGGUAUUGAACCUAGCCCUGACAAAAUGCUGCAGGGUCGUCUUUUUGCAUAUCCUGACACUCAUAGACACCGUCUGGGACCUAACUAUCUACAAAUUCCUGUGAAUUGUCCCUUCAGAGCUCGUGUGGCCAAUUAUCAGAGGGAUGGGCCAAUGUGUGUGUCUGACAACCAAGGUGGUGCACCAAACUAUUAUCCAAAUAGUUUUACUGGUCCAGAAGAUCAGCCCACUGCGAAGGAGAGCCGCAUGUCUGUUUCGACUGAUGUGCAGCGCUUCAAUAGUGCAAAUGAAGAUAAUGUGUCUCAGGUGCGAGUGUUCUAUACCAAAGUACUGAAGGAGGAUGAACGUGAAAGGCUGUGUAAAAAUAUUGCUGAUCAUCUUAAAGAUGCUCAACUUUUCAUUCAAAAGAGAGCUGUGAAAAACUUCACUGAUGUUCAUCCUGACUAUGGUGCCCGUGUUCAGGCGCUACUGGACAAAUACAAUGCUGAAACUGGGAAAAAGAAUGUAAUUAGGACAUACACGCAAUCUGCAUCUCAUUUGUCUGCUGAAGAAAGAUCCAACUUGUAAACCAUGCUGCAGAUGUGCUCUAUGCUUGAAUUUUGCGUCCACAUAACUGCAGGACAGCCUGUUGAAGACAUUAAUGAAUGUAGCAGACUUCCGCACAGAUAUAAAGUGUCUUACAGGCUUGAUUUUAUUAAGCUUUCAAGUGCCUAUACCUGUAUGGGAAAUGGGAAGUAACUCAAGCUAACAACCCUGGUGCCUUUCAACACUAGUGUUCUAAUGUUUGUUAACAGUGUAUCAUGUUUUUAAGGAAACCUAUAAUUAAGGAAACCUUCAUUUCUAAAAGCAAGCAUAAGUUUAAUCAAAAUAUUGGUUUUUGUUUGUUUUUUUUUUUUUAUUGCAGAACUUCUCUUGCUAAAUCAUGGAAGAGAGCUGUGCUGAUACUGUGAUUAUCAUUAGGGUUCAUGUUAAUUAAUAUUGCUUGUUAUUUCUAAUAAAAUUGACAUUUUGUAUUUUUAGACAUUACUUCUGGAAGGCAAAAAUGAAAUUCAAAGGAAGAUAGUACAUGUGCAAUAGUUUGCUUAAGAUAUUCUGUAUUUCAAGUUACUUAUGGUAUAAAUGAAGCUAAGAAGUUUAAUCUCAAUAUAUAUUGAUUUUUAUUCCUAAUACCUGUUUUAGGAUAAUGAAACUUUACAUGUUUACUAAUACUGUGUUAGAUAUAACUGAAUUAAGUGAGAUAGGAAAGGAUAUUUGCUAACUCCAUAUGCUUUAUUACAAACUUAAUUACAUCUUAAGAGCUCUUGGGGGGAGGGGAGUUGUCCUUUCUAGUCUUAAGAAUUUGAAUGGAAAGUAUUGAUUUUUCAAGUCUCUGUGAAAUUAACCUCAGCAUAAACACUUAUUUUGCCCAAAUUCAAGCUCAAGCAGCUUUAAAACUAUUCCCUAUAGUUUUUGAAAUCCUGUAUUUUACUGGCAUAAUCUUACAUUGCUAUUUAUUCAAGCUGAGGCUGUUUUCUUUUCAAAAAAAAAUCACGUUUUCACUGAAACAGUGAUAUGUGUAUUUGCAUGUAUAAAACCCCUCUGAUUUUAUGAAUGUUAGGCCACUGUCCAGUGCUUACAAUUUAUUUCAUCAGUACAAAAGGAUUUAGAAGCUUUGGACUGAAAAGUGUUCCUUGUUACUGCUUAGAUUUGAAGGAGUUUCUUUAGCAUAGUAUUAUCUUUAGUCUUUGAGUAUAAUUGCCAAUUAGCUCUUAGAAACUGAUACAAAAAAAAGUAUUUAUAUUUGAGAACUUAGAGCAAGGAUUGAAUGACCAUUAUGGAAUUUUUUGGAGUUAUCUUUGAAUAUAUAGAGUUUUGGAUGAAGAAAGCACAUUAUCAGCAUCUGAAUGCUUUACCAUAAAAGGGUACAACAAAAGCAAGGCUUAAAUUACUGAUUUAUAAGUGCUAAAAUCCCUCCUGGAUUUUUUCCUCUCCUUAAGUAUAUACUUGGAAAGGAUUAUUCUGUUAUAGGAUAAUCAAGCUGAUUGAGUUUUGGAUAAAAAUUUGUCAUACCUGUUGCACACUGAGGUUAGUCAUAAUAGACAAAAUAUCUUUGAAGUGCACUUAGCAGGACCAGGACAUUGCUGCAUCUCAAAUUCUAACCAGUUUUAAUGACUAUUUGGCCUGCUAUUUUUGUCCUCUUUCCUUGCCAAAAGAAAAAUCGCUGUAAAUAUGUGAAUAAUCCAGAUAUCAGUUCCACAGCAUCACCUCUAGUUUGAUAUAUUUGCUUUCCUUAUUUGCUUGCUGGUAUUGCGUCUGUCAUUUAGAUUGCAAGAAGCAUGAAUGAUGAUACAAAGAAUUUUGGAGCCUAGCUACUAAUUCUCCACAAAUUUCUCAAGUCAUAGCAACUUACUGUUCAAUACUGGGGAUGUUUGUGUGUCUUUGAACUGAAUUUUAAAUAGGAAUACUUCCUGUGGUAUAUUGUUCUUUUAAGGGUGAGUUGGCCUUCCAAGAAGUGCUAGCAGAGAGAUAGAGAAGAAUUGGUGUUAAGUGUUAUCCCAUUAAGUGGAAGCAUUGGAGAAAGCUACUUUUACUCAAACUCAUUUCUGUUAACUUGUUGUGAAAAAUUGAUGUGCUAUGUUAUGGAUGCAGUAAAAUAAGAUAAAAUGAUAGUCUGCUUUACUGUGCAUGUCAGUGGAUUUUACCUGAUCCUAGUAGGAGCAGCUGAAAGAGGCACUUAAAUGAGUAAGAAUAGUUCUUUCUGGAACAUGGAAUCCUAAUAACUCUUGGAAAAGAAUAAGCUGGACUUGAUCUUUAAUUUUGGUGGUUUCUGCUAAAUAUUGUCUUGCUUUAUUUCUGAAAUAAAAGAAUUUGAAAAUC